AUGUCGUCAGACCACUGCUGUGGGGAGUGCUGCAGCUGCAGCAGGAGAGCUAUCUGUGUGUCUGCCCUGGUGCUGGCGGGCCUGUCUCUGACUGUCACAGGUGUCACUAUCGCACUGGUGUUUGCCGUCCCCAAACAGCCACCUGUUAACCGUGAGUGCCGGACCUCUCAGAAUGGUUCGGGCUUCCUUUGUGAUGACAGAGUCACCUGCCUGCCUCCCUCAGCCCUCUGUGAUGGAGUCCACAACUGCCUGAGUGGAGCGGAUGAAAGCCAACACAUGUGCAGUGAUCUACCCAACAAUCUACCAAGCAACCUAGUCUUUCGGUGCGGGGACUCAAGGUUUUGGAUUUUUGUGGAUAAAAAGUGCAACGGUAUGAAUGACUGUGGGGACUGCUCAGAUGAAAUUGGCAUUUAUGCAGCUUGCCCUCCGUGUGGACCACAAUGGUGGGAAUGCACACCAGUAGAAUUCCAAUACUGCUUGUGUAUCCCUCGGUCACUAUGUAAAGAUGGAAGGCAGCACUGUUAUGACUGGUCAGAUGAGUAUGUAUGUACACGUGGUUAA